UCAUUUACACGUGAGGUCAAAUAUGUCAAACUCAGAAAAAUCCAAAACAUCUGCUCAAAGUCAAGAAUCUGGCGACAAGCAGGAAUAUGUUAAGCAAUAUGAAGGCUACAAACAUGAUGAAAACGAUGACAUGGGCUAUUAUUUCUUUCCUGGCCGAGGAAAGGGUAAAGUUCAGGUGGACGAUAGGCUCAUAACUCACGAAGGAUCAUUUUUUGGCUUCAACUCCAGUCGAAAGGACAAGUUGAACUGUAAAUAUAACGUAGUGAAAUGUGCGCUCAAGUCUGCCAAAGUUCGAUUGAUGCUAAGAGCCCUGAGUGCUCAUGGAUGUCCAGUCAAUUUAGAUAGACAUGUUCAAUGCGAGAAGUGUGAGGAUCAGGUGUCAGGAGGAUAUGAGUUUUCAACCUGUCAAGUUGUGCAGUGUGAGAAUGUCAUAAAAGCAGAAUUGCAGGUUUGCAACUCAUUGGGACACGAGUUAGUCCACGCCUUCGACAAGUGCCGUGCAAAAAUUGAUGAGAAGAAUAUAGACCACCUAGCUUGCACUGAGGUGAGGGCGGCCAACCUGAUGCACUGUAAUCUCCUCAGCGCCUGGGGCCAUGGACAGAUUACUCCAUUUGACUACCACAACAAACACCAGGCCUGUGUUAGAACUAAAGCCAUUAAGUCGAUAAGGACAGUUAGAGACAUUGGCGAACAAGCUGCUAUUGCAGCAGUGGACAAAGUGUUUACACGGUGUUACAAUGACCUUGAACCUUUCGGGCGACGAAUUAAACUCGGAGCUCAGGAGAGUGCUCAGGCUUUACGCGAUGGGAUAUUUUAUGGUUACCUCCCCUUACCUGACGAGGAUGGACCAGGGAAAAAUAUGACUGAAUGAUGAUCGUGGAUUUUAGUGAUUUUAGUUUUUGAUGUUCUAUUAAAGGCACACAAUAUAGAUUGAUGCAAAUACAGGUUAACGCAUGAAUAUGUUUAACUUAUUUAAUUUGUGUAUAGAUAAGAAAAUACGAGCGAUAUUUUGGUGUUUUUUUAACUGACGAAAUUGUGCCCUCUUUGAUAUUUUUUCAAAAAUCCCAUUUAUAAAGGCUAAUAUCUUUUUCUGUACAUAAUUCAUAUGUUUUUGUUUGUUUGUUUUGAUAAUGAAAAUAAAAUGAGUUAAACAUAAAAAUGCAUUCAAAUAAAAAAAGAUGUGUUUGCAUUAAACCUUAAUUGUGCACGUUAAAGGAUAAACUAGAAUAUACAAGGAAAUGCCAUUAGAGUCUAGAUCUAGAAAAUGACUACAAACAUUCUCAAAUCUGUAUUCAGACUCUAGCGGCAACACUGCAAAUCUUUAUUUCGGUGUAUAUUUCUUUGAUGAUGUAAUUGCUGAAUUUUUUCACUAUUCAAAUUUGUACAAUUAUUCAGAUUAAGUUUUGUUAAACGAAUAGAAUAAAACCUGAAACAUGA